AUGAGUGGGAGGAUCCUCUCCCAUCGACUCGGUCCGCUCUUGCGGAACGGGCACCUUUCUCGCCAUAUUCAUAAUGCAGGAUCGAGGACUGGAGGACUGCUACGCGCAGAUGGUGGAGCUGCCCUCAGAGGACGCGCAUGGCCAGUAGGCGCAAAUGCCAUUCAUAAUGUACCCGCGGUUCGAUCGAUCUCAUUUGCACGAAUGCUUCCAAAGCUGGCGUUGAAGCUUGUCAGAGUCCCGGCAAUGUUUGGAGGUGCAACAAUCGCGGGUUUGGCGUACUUCCAAUACCAAGCAACCCAGGCUGGAAACUAUGCGAUGGAUAUUUUCAAACAAGCGUCGGAGACUGCGGGGAAUACCGCAUCGACUUUGUUCCAGGGACUGCAGGAUGUGGCGGACCAGACACAACGUGGGUGGAACAAAACGACCGGAGACCUCGAUAUGCCCGAAUGGAUGCAGAAGAUUCUUCGUCUUGAUGAGGAGUCCCAAAAGGGCGAGUCCGGUGGUGGGAACAAGGAACCGAAAGAAAGUCGGACUGGGACUGCUGCCGCGGCGGCCACUACUGCAGCAUUUGGCUAUGAUAAAUCAGAGGAGGACGAUGUACGUCCGGCGAGGGAUGCCGCGGAAGACGACCAAAUGAUGCUUCUCACCCGCAAGAUGAUUGAGAUUCGAAAUAUCCUUCAGACAAUCGGCCAAUCCGACACACUCACAUUGCCAUCAAUCGUCGUCAUCGGAUCCCAAUCUUCGGGUAAGAGCUCGGUCCUUGAAGCUAUCGUCGGCCAUGAGUUCUUGCCCAAGGGUUCGAACAUGGUGACUCGACGGCCCAUCGAACUGACCUUGGUCAACACGCCCAAUGCCCAGUCGGAGUACGGUGAAUUUCCUGCUCUAGGACUUGGCAAGAUCACAGAUUUCACCCAAGUUCAGCGCACACUCACCGAUCUCAACCUUGCUGUUCCAGAAAAGGAUUGCGUUACAGACGAUCCUAUCCAGCUCACUAUCUAUUCUCCCAACGUUCCGGAUCUCUCCUUGAUCGACCUACCAGGUUAUAUCCAAGUUGCUGGCCAUGACCAACCCCCAGAGCUCAAGCAAAAGAUCAAUGAUCUCUGUGAUAAAUACAUCCAGCCUCCCAAUGUCAUUCUGGCGAUUUCAGCCGCAGACGUUGACUUGGCGAAUUCUACAGCACUCCGAGCCAGCCGCCGAGUCGACCCUCGGGGUGAACGCACUAUCGGUGUGAUCACCAAGAUGGACCUUGUUAGCCCCGAGCGUGGCCGCGACGUUCUAUCUGAUAAGAAGUACCCCCUUCGACUUGGUUAUGUGGGCGUUGUCAGCCGCAUUCCUCAGUCAAAUGCUCUGUUCUCGAGAGGCAGUGGAAAUGUCACCAGUGCCAUUCUUAAGAACGAACAUGCUUAUUUCUCUGCUCAUCCUGCCGAAUUUGGUCCCCACUCCGAUGUCUCGGUUGGUGUAUCGACGCUACGCAAGACCCUGAUGCACGUUCUCGAGCAGACCAUGGCAUCCAGUUUGUCUGGAACAAGGGAUGCCAUCAGCCAGGAGCUGGAGGAAGCAACCUAUGAGUUCAAGGUUCAAUACAACGACCGACCCUUGAGCGCAGAGUCUCACUUGGCCGAAAGCCUUGAUAGUUUCAAGCAUUCCUUCAAGGAGUUUGCAGAAAGCUUCGGCAGACCGCAGGUCCGGGAGAUGCUGAAGGCUGAACUGGACCAGCGGGUCAUGGAUAUUCUGGCCCAGCGUUACUGGAAUAAGCCCGUUGAAGAAUUAGAUCCCCCCAUGCUGGAACUGGAUUCACUGAAGGACCUUCCCAAGGCCGAUCCCGAGUCUCUUUAUUGGCACCGGAAGCUAGAUGCUUCUACUUCUUCAUUAACAAAACUUGGAAUUGGUCGACUGGCUACUACCGUCGUCGCUAAUGCUCUCCACAACCACGUGGACCAACUCCUAUCAUCCUCCACAUUCGCCUCCCACCCCGGCGCCCACAAGCAAAUCACAGAUGCGUGCAACACCAUCUUAAACGACAGAUUCUUCAGCACCAGUGAUCAAGUCGAAAACUGCAUCAAGCCGUACAAGUUCGAGAUCGAGGUUGAAGAUCCCGAGUGGGCCAAGGGGAGAGACAACGUGGGCAGGGUUCUCAAGGACGAACUCAAGCACUGCGAGCAAGCCAUGAAGCACGUGGAAGACACUGUUGGAAAACGCAAGCUGAAAGACGUGAUUUCUUUCAUCGACCGCGUGCGAAAGGGCGACGUUGUACUGGAGGGCAACGGUGAGGGUGGCGCAGGUGGAUUCAGUGCUGCUCUACUAGAAAGAGGACGGGAGGGCCUCUUCCUACGUGAUCGAGCCGACUUGAUCAAGAUGAGACUUCUUGCCGUUCGUUCCAAGCAAUGCGCCACGCAAAAGAACAAGUACCAGUGCCCAGAAGUCUUCUUGGACGUGGUAGCAGACAAGCUCACCUCAACGGCCGUACUCUUCCUGAACGUCGAACUUCUCUCCGAGUUCUACUAUAAUUUCCCCCGCGAGCUCGACACAAGACUCGGCCGACACCUUUCCGACGCCGAAGUCGAACGUUUUGCCCGUGAGGACCCUCGUAUCCGCCGCCAUCUCGACAUCAUCCGCAAGAAAGAGUUGCUGGAACUGGCUCUGCAGAAGAUCGAAAGUGUCCGACAACUCGACGGCCGCAGUCGAGCUCCAGACCGUGCUCCUCCUGGCAAGGAAACGCGGAGUCGUUGGGGCUUGUUCUAA